CCGGCCGUGGCAUAACGCGCGCGGCUCUGCCCGUCCGUGCUUAAAAAAAAUUGAAACGUCAAAAGUGAAACGUCACGUGUUUAGCUGUCAAAUUUUGGAGGGAAUCCGCUUUGGGUUUUUUUGAGUCUCCAAGAAGUGUGAUAGAAAAUUAUGAAAAACCUAGUCUUAUAGAACGUUAAAAAAUCUGUGUAAAAAGUGAAAAUAUUAAUAACUAGACUUUAAAAUGGAGGUGGCGCAAACUCCUCUGCAGCUGACUCAAGAUCACUCCGAUGGAAGGAUGACAGGUGACGGCAACACAUCACCGCUCCGCUGGUCGCCUCCAUCAUCAGCCGCAUUAGUAGCAGCCGCUCUCGCUCCACCGGCCCUCAGACCCUGGCUGCCAGACCCGCCCAGCAAGAAGACCAACCACUUGGGAUUGAUCUGUGUGGUCUGCGGUGACACGAGCUCUGGUAAACACUAUGGCAUCCUCGCUUGCAAUGGCUGCAGCGGAUUCUUCAAGAGAUCCGUUCGGAGGAAACUUAUAUACAGAUGUCAAGCAGGCACCGGGCGUUGCGUGGUGGACAAGGCACAUAGGAAUCAGUGUCAAGCUUGCAGACUGAAGAAGUGUCUCGCUAUGGGCAUGAACAAAGAUGCCGUGCAGAAUGAGCGCCAGCCUCGCAACACGGCUACCAUCAGACCCGAGGCUCUGAGGGACAUGGAUCAGGAACGAGCGCUCAGAGAAGCUGCUGUAGCUGUGGGGGUGUUUGGGCCACCAGUAUCCCUCGCCAUGGCUCUAUCCCCGGCGCGCUAUCCACUACUAUCCCCCCACUACGCGCCUCUCCCACCGCCGCCGGCGCAGCCACAACCCGACUCGUCGCAGCACAACGAUGAUAACCACGUGCAUAGUGAUAGUGAUGAUGACAGUAUCGACGUUACAAACGAAGAGGAUUCCACUUCAUACUCGCCUCCAGCUGCCAUGAACUACCAACAGAACUGUGCAUCAUACAGGCCGUUAGGUGUAGAGAGCGCAGCGGAGUCUGCAGCACGCCUGCUGUUCAUGGCUGUCAAGUGGGCGAAGAAUCUGCCUUCCUUUGCCAGCCUCGCUUUUAGAGAUCAGGUAAUCCUACUAGAAGAAGCUUGGUCAGAACUAUUCCUGCUGAACGCCAUACAGUGGUGUUUGCCGCUCGACGCCGCCUGCGCAGCGCUCUUCGGCAGCGAUCAGAUCGAGCAAGAGACGGGCGUGGACUCGGCGACUCUGCGCCGUCUGCGCGAAGUGCUCGCCAGAUACAGAACUGUGUUGGUCGAUCCUGCUGAGUUUGCGUGCAUGAAGGCUAUUGUGCUGUUUAAAUCUGAAACCCGAGGUCUCAAAGACCCCCUACAAAUCGAGAACCUACAAGACCAAGCUCAAGUGAUGCUAAUGACCCACGCCCGCACAGCCCACGGGACCGCCCCUGCAAGGUUCGGCCGACUCCUAUUAUUACUACCUCUUCUCCGUGCAGUAACCCCUCAGCAAUUAGAAAGAGAAUUUUUCGCUAAAACCAUCGGACAAACGCCUAUGGAAAAAGUGCUAGCUGAUAUGUAUAAGAAUUGAAAACUCUGCAGUUGUGAUUCCGUUGGUUAAACUCUGCAUUUGUAAUUCUGUUACGUAAACUCUGCAGAUUUGGUUACAUAUUAUGUUUUUGUUUGUUUUUUUUUUAUUUAAUAUAUGAUCAUGGCUUAGGUAAUUAUAAGCAAUUAUGUAAAAUAAGUCUGAAUGUAUAACCAAAAAGAAAAGCUUAUAAUUUCAAGAUGCUAUUAAUAACAGCAUUUUACUAAUAGGUAGUCCGUGUAGCUGAUAGAGCAAUUACUGUAAAUAUGCUUUAGUGCAAUUGAAAAGCUUUUGAUGUAUAAUAGUUAAAAAUAAUAAUAUUUAAGACAUUACUGAGCAUCAAAUAUAAUAUUAAGGGGAUACCAUAAGUUUUUAGACACGUAGAAAUAAAAUAAAGCAUUGUUCCUUUCUGUAAUUUUGAAUGUAAAACAAGCUGAUUUAUAACCGUAGUUAUAAAAAAUAUAAAAAAGAUACUAUAAUGCAUUCCUUCACAAAAGUUCAGUCAAAGUGUACAUAUUUUAUCGUAAGAAACGUAAUUCAUCUAGUCUGCAUUUCCAAUUCAUAACUCUGCAAUGCGGAUUCUGCACAUUUCAUUUACAAUCCAAAAAUUAUUAAAUAAAAAAUCCAAAGUCUUUGAUAAAUAAAUUAUGUUGCUUUUAGCGUUAAUGUGUAAGAUGUAAAUAUAAUUAUUUUAUAUUGUAAAACGAAUAGCGAAAGGCCUCGGUUUAAAGGAAUCUGAGUUAGAUAUACAUAAGUAAGUAUUAUUUAAGUGUUUUAUAGUUAUGUACUUACUUGUAGUUAUUAUAUAAUAUAUACCUAGUUGUAUAUUGAGUAGCUUUACUUCUCAUAAUAAAUAGCAAGUCAAUAAAAUUUCUCAAUAAUUAAAAUAUUGGAAAUCAGCAUGACUGUCUGAAAUCCACAUUAAACAUUUCAAUAAUAAAAACAAUACAAGGGAAUAACAACAAUUAAUUAAUUAAGCUUAAACACAAUAAUAUUAUGCAACAAAUAUAUAUGUAAAAUGACUAAUUAAUUAAGUCAUGACGUUAUUUUAUCCUUCAAUAUUUUAUUCACAAGUACAGUCAACUUCAGGUCAGUGGUAACAGUUUUAUAGGAAAAUCGUACUUAUUGCUAUUGAGUUAAGGUGCAUGACAGUUACCACUGAUGUGCGGUCUACUGUACCUACCUACUUAACAUCAGGCCAUUUUAUUCACUGUAAGAAAUAUGACGUAUUUGUUUGUCUCAUCAACUGUUUAUUUUGUCAUAAUAAUGACAUCACCAGGUAAUGGUUAAGUCACACUUAAAGAGUGGCGAUAAAGAAGCGAUUUACACCUCCGAAAUGCAUUUUUGCACAAAUUAAUUUAUUCCUGCGAUUUCACACACAAGGCUACUACUAUAGAAAACGACUUCUAUCAAUUAGUUUUCUCAAAAAAAGAA